AUGUUUUCCGGUACAAAAACAGGGUGGGAAUUAUAUGAAGAAUUUAAAUCCGAGUUUUCACCAUCAGCUGUUGUCGCAUUGUUUCAUCAAAAAUUAAAAUACGCGUUACCACCAAUAUACGUUUACGACAAGUCGAAGGUCAAUAGAAAGUACUCAUGUAAAUUAACUUAUGAGAACGAAGAGUGGGAAACCGAACCAUUGUACGACAGACAAAAGGACGCAAAAAAUGCUAUAGCUAAAGUGGCGUUAAAAAUUUUAACAAAUCGUUAUCCAAAGUUGGCGGUUUCCAUCCAACAGAUUCUCGAAAUGAGAUGUAAGUUAGGCCCCAAGCGACUAUUGUUUGGAAAUGGUGUUCAUCAAAUGGCAAAAGACAUUGCCGAAAAAAUUUCAAGACCACCAUCCGAUAUUUGGUUCGAUACACAACAACCAUUAACACCAUAUAGAACACUUUUAGCCGACUUCACGUUGAAUUAUAACCUUGGAAAUCCAGUUUAUGUUGACAUUAAACCACCGCAAUCACGAUUAGUAGGGAUUAAAUAUAUUAACCAUUGCGACGAUGUUACGAUUUCCAUUGCAAAAACUGUAGCUGAUGCUGCUACCCAUUCACCACCAGCAGCUGAUGCUGACUCUGGUACUACAAAAAAAGGACUAUUAUUUUAUGUUUCUCUUAUUAUUGGAAAACGCAAAUUCAACCCAUCAAAAGGAUUUGAAAUCAGGCCCGAGGCACAAGAUCACGUUGCUGCUAUAGCCCUUGAAAUUUUGCAUAAAGAAAUUAGAUUAGAUGAAAUGAAAAUCAUUCGUGGAAAAAGUAUAGCAUACCAAAAGUCAAUUGGAAGAAUUCCUGGUGAUGAUGACAUUUUUGAUUAUGAUAUACCUUCUUAUAAGCACAAGUUUAAUGAUCUUGGGUUGCCAGUAGAAGUCGAAGUAAAUGAUAUAGGAAAGGAAAUAGAUAUAGCUAAGUUGGAAGUAAGAAAAAAGGAAUCAAUGGACUGUGGAGGUCAACAACCAUCUUUAGUCAAAGGAGGACCAUCAGAUCACAGAAAUCAACCAUCUUUAUUCAAAGAAGGAGGACCAUCAGAUCACAAAAAUCAACCAUCUUUAGUCAAAGAAGGAAGACCAUCAGAUCACAGAAAUCAACCAUCCUUAGUUAACGAAAUAAGACCAUCGGAUCCAUCAUCUUUAAUGGAAGAAGGAAGACAAUCAGGUCACAGAAAUCAAUCAUCCUUAGCGAGCGAAAGAAGGUCAUCAGACUACAAAAAUCGAUCAUCUUCAGUGAACAAAAGAAGACCAUUAUAUUCACCUUCUUUAGUGGAAAAAAGAAGUCGUUUUUACCAUAGAAAUCAAAAAGAUCUUCCUUUGUUCAUUAAAGAUAAAGUGAACAAAAGAAUAUAUUUUGGAGAUCGAUCAUCUUUAGUGAACAAAAAACAUUUUGACCGCAGAGAUCAAUUAUCAUUGGCGAAAGAAAGAAGACAUUUGUACCGUAGAAAGCAAUCAACCUUAGUUAAAGAAAGAAGACAUUUUAGAGGUCGGUCAUCUUUAGUGAAAGAGGGAAGACUAUCAGAUUAUGGAAAUCAAUCAACUUUAGAACACAAAAAUCAAUCAUCCUUAGUGAGCGAAAGAAGAUCAUCAGACUACGAAGAUCGAUCAUCUUUAGUGAACAAAAGAAUACAUUUAGACCAUAGUCGUUGUUUUUCAUCUAAACCAUUUAUAGAAUUGGUACAUGAAUUUGCAGCAAAAACACGCGUUAUGAAACCUAGAUAUCAAAUUUUCGAAAUAAAAGAUACUGAUAAAUUAGAUAAAUUUUACUCAAAAAUGUUUCUCAAUGGGGUUGAAUACACGGGAAGAAUUCGAUCCAACGAAAUACUUGCGAAGGAAUCAGUAAGCCUAAUCAGUUAUGAAUCUAUAGUAAAUUCAAUAAAAAGAAAUUAA